AUGUCGUUUCGUUCUUUUGUUUCUCGAGCCUUCACCGCAGCACAGCAGCCUCAUUAUCGUCAACAGCAACAAAGAAUGUAUACACUAUGUCGAGAUUGCUUGCAUCGAUCAGCCAAAACACAUGACUACCUGUCUCCUCCCACCACCAUCACCAUCCGAUCCUUGUCAUCGCGACGGUCGUUGACAACCCAUGCUAUUUCUACCAAGACUCCGAAACAACAAGAACUACAAGAACAGACAUCGGUAAUGAAUAGACCACUUACCUUAGUGGAAGCAUUUCGACAAGAAUUAUAUCAACCCUCUUAUCCGCUCAAUGCAUAUUAUCCAUCUUCCAUCGUUCGUAAGACAGUGAGAAGAAGAGAAAGUCGAAAACGGUUAUUAGAUCAAUACCAUCAGCUUAUGAAAGGAGUGACGAACCCCUCUUCUCAACAAAAAGAAUGUCUCUCCUCUAUCACCUAUCGUGAUAUUCAAGUCUUUUUGUCUCGAUUCACCAACGUCAAUCCGGAUGAACCAGCCAAUCAAAACCAUGUGUACCAAGCCUUUCGCAUAUUAAAAGACAUGAAAGCAGGCCUUUUUCCACAAGCUCCUUUUCGUUGGCACGCAGACGGAGAGGUCAUGAUUUGUAUGGCUGCAGAAUUGGACAUGGCACAAACAGCGGAUCAACUCUUGACAGAAUGGACAGACACCAUGAAAACAUCGGCGCAGCGCUCGUAUACGAUCGGGCCGAGCCUGUAUGAAGCCGUCAUCGGUGCUCUUUCACGCGACAAACAGCUGGAUCGUAUCUAUUACUGGCUGAAUCACAUGCGGCAACAGUCCCCCCAGGACGCUAUGUUGUCGAGAAGAAUGAUGCGCUACGUCGUGAUGUGUCAUCUCUCGCUUGACCAGCUGGACGAAGCCAUUUCAUUCUUAAAGAUGAACCAACGACACCAACCCUGGUUAGAAAACGAAAAGAGUUUUCGGCCUACGAGACGCUACCACCAGCUCAACAGCAAGAACAAGAACAACGGCAGCAACACAAACUAUUUCAGUCAUGGCCAUCACAAGAGCAACGACGAUCUUGCCAUGUUGGAUCGUGCCUUGAGCUUAUUCGCAGAGGAUUGCGAUGCAGAAUGGCGACUCAACGAGAUGCGCCAUGUGUAUCUUGCCAAAAGGCAGUACAAACUCCCCAACGCUCACACCAUUCUCCGCCACCUCAUCGAUAAAUGCAUCUAUACGCGACAAGGAUACGCAGCGCGUCGACUGUUAGCGGAUACCCUUCGCGUCCACGAUGACGAAGGAACGCAGAUCUGUGCCCAAAAGCUCAUCCAAGCGUAUUUGGCGGAAAAGAAGAUACCCUCCGCGAUCCAGGUCUACGAAAAACUGCACGACUUUCCCCUCCAUUUACCCAUCGCUCUUUAUCACCGCCUCGUGAUUCAACUCGCCAAAAACAAAUACCACAUCCACGCGCUCACCCUGUACAGAAAGUGCAGAGAAUUAUACCCCAGCCAGCCCUCCACACUGGCCCAUGUCGACGAUCCAGACGUCAUGCGACAGAUCGUUUUUGGCAUGCCCAUCCAUGUCUUUAGAGGAUUAGUGAAGGCUCGAGAUUAUGCGCGCGCAAGGGCGUUCUAUCCCGAAGUCUUACCCCUGAUCCCAGCCGCACCACAACCUCUUUCCCGACUACUGGUGCGAGCUUUUUUCGGAUUGUGUGCACACACCGCUGAUUUGCGCCUGUUUGAAAAAGUGUUUAAAGAGAGUGAGAAAUUGAAAUUGGGAUUAACCCACGAAGGGCUGACGUCCCUCUUGGCGUUGUAUCUGACAAGCAAGAAAGUGGAUUUAGCGAAAUGGGCCUUCCGUCAAAUAGCCACCUUGACGGAAGGGCCGGAUGUGUACGACUUUAAUUUGCUGAUACGUACUGUGGAAUUGGAGCAGCGACAACAGCGUGCCUUAGGCUUGAUAGAGGACGAUGAGAACCGUCAUAAGCACAGCCAGGAUAAAAUAUUGGAUAUUUUACAGCACAUGCAAAGAGUCAACGUAGCGCCCGAUGCAUCCACUCUGAGGACUUUAGCCAGUAUGACCAAAGAUGCACAAUUAAAGACGACAUUAUACCAGCGGUUAUCAGACAUGUUGCUCCCUCCAUCCUCCUCCUCUUCCUCCUCCUCUUCCUCCUCCUCUUCCUCCUCCUCUUCCUCGUCACCCAAGAAACACCAAAACCAACGCGAAAACGACAUCUUUUUAAACAAUCUUGUGCUUGCCCACAUCAUCGAUACAGAAGGGGUGGAAAGAGCCGCCCAUAUUUUUCUUCAGAAUGACCGAGGCGCGCUUUUCCCUACCGAAAGCAACAAACCCAUCAGGGCCAAUGUCAUCACCUAUGAAACAUUGAUGGAUGCCUGUUUACCACCCCCUUCCUCUACGACGACGACGACGACGGCUAUACCAGCUUCCCAACUCAUGUACGCUCGCAGAUUAUUCAAGUUGAUGCAAUCCAAAGGCUUCACACCUCGAGAGACUAUUUAUGCGAAAUUGGUGCAGCACUUUGCAGCCAAGGGCAAAAUCUCAAAAGCCCAUGACUAUCUAAAGUGUUUGGAAAAGGAUUACGGUUCCUUGGUGACGUUGACAGCGGACCAUUAUCUCCCCAUUGUGAAUGCUUUGUUGCGUCAACGCAAGUAUGUCUUGGCGAGAUAUCUCAUCAUGAAGGAAAUGAGACUCGAAAAGAAAAUACCCUUGAACAAUGAGUUAAAGUCAAAAUUGAAGCUGAUACAGUCAAAAAUAAAGUAA